GCAGAACUACAAGGUCGAGGUGAAAGCUAUAUAGCAGCAAUGACUGCCUACAGUCGCUCACAGAACGACCUGCUUGGAUGCGUGCACUCUAAUCCAUCUGCGAUGGUCCCUGACGAAAUGUUUGUCUGUGCACUUCUUCUCAGCCUCUUUGAAGUAAGCUAUGAUUUGAUCACGACUUUUCCGGACACGCAACCUGCUUAUCACAAACCAGAUGAUGUUGGACAAAUCAGCCACCCGUUUUUACAACUUUCUGAGGCAAACACUGCGGCCACUGGGCCAACAACGACAGCAGCAGGGUCUCUCAAACCGAUUUGAAGCCUCGCUGCUUCAUCUUUAUUCAACUGUUGAAAUGAUGUGCUCUGCUUUCUUUGACGAGGACUCCGUGGUGGCCGACCCAGAGUGGAGUCAGACUAUGUGCACUAUUGCCAGCUAUGUGCCAUUAACAGUCGUUGAAAAAACGGGGGUCUUUGAUAGCAUUCUUGCUCGACUGUUAAGGCUCAAGAAGCAAUCUGGAGAGUGGCUUCAUGAAAUCCGUUUGGCUCCGAUGGAGAUCCUUCAGGCCCCGAUUGGGGGUGGGCUUGAAAGCGAACCAUUCAACAAAUAUCCCAGCACCGAAAAUGCCCCACAAUCCAACAAGGAGCUGGGCAGAAGAUUUGUCCUAGAGGCGUGGAAUCUUCGACAAGCGUGCCAGGAGGCGACCCCAUUUUUAUGGACGCGAAAUAAAGAUCAGCCAAAGCCAAAUACGCUAUAUUAUCACUGUUCGAUGAUUUUGAUUUCUCGUUUAUUUAUCGAUCCUCUCUGGGCUUUACUUGAUAUAGACCUCCCAGUUCUUCCGCAACAGUCGGUCAAAGAGCAUGCCCUUGAGGCUUUGCGGUUUGCAGAGUGGUGGCUCCCAACCGCAAAAUUUGGCGCGGUUUUUGCCGUUCCUGGAUUGACUGCUAUCUCACUUGAACUUAAUGCGCUCGAACAGCGACAGCGUGUCAGGCGGCUAUUCCAACUGAUUGCGGACAAGGGUUUUGCUGUGGCAUCCGUAGCAGAGUCCGAUGUAGCGCUUGCCUGGUCCGCUGUCCCAUGUCGUUUUUGACAAAAGUAAAAAGGCUUGAUAAUUCGCAAACACGUUUUCCGCGCGUACAUGCUGUUUGACCAUCGGAAUUGCGGCUUCAACAUCUAGCCUAUAUUCCCUUGAAG